AUGAGUUUCUUUGGGACUGUUGGUGGUUUGUGAGUUCCUGGUGCCUGGUGCCUGGUGCGCCCUGCAGUCGUGGCGUGGUAAGACGUGGUCGCUGAUGGACACCGUCGUCCGAUCGAUUGCUUCGGACUGACAGGGCUAAAGCGCGGACGACGUUCAAGCCCCGACGAGUAAGGCCGUGAUGAUGUCCCAGCGAGCUCGAGAGGGAUGAGACCGACUAGAGAGGUGAUCUAUGCUUUCACAGAACACGCAGGAGAAUACAAAGUCGUAUCAGCUCAAGAAGUCAGUUCUGUCGUCUCCGAGCAUGGCCGCUCGUCCGUGGCCAAGCGGGUCUGGGCGCGGUGUUGCUUGUUUGAAUAGCGAAGCUGACCUUCGCCAUUGCUCUGUACGAUAGAUAUGCCGAAGCGACGUCAGUCAUUUGAGAUAGAAGGAACCUGCCCUAUCGAGACCUGCAACUGAAGCCUCGCCCCCUCCGAACAGACUCGGCUCCGGGAACUUGAGGUUGGCGGUCGUCCUGCCCGAGGGGGAGGACUUGAAUGAGUGGCUGGCUAUCAACAGUCAGUUUGUAUUCAUGCCUACGAUUGUCUGUUGCUGGAUCUGACGUUCGCCUUGAGUCACUCCCCUAUCAGCCGUCGAUUUCUUCAACCAGAUCAACAUGCUCGUAAGGAGCAAGCCCCCAACCUACGCAUCGUCGAUUCUCAACUGACCUUAUCCUCUUUGGACAUUCCUCCACAGUACGGGACGGUCACGGAAUUCUGCACACCUCAGGAAUGCCCCGUCAUGUGCGCAGGGCCGCGCUACGAGUACCACUGGCAGGACGGCGUCAACUUCAAGAAACCGACCAAGAUGUCAGCACCCGGUCCGUUCGAGGCACUUUGGCACGAUAGGAAUUGUGGCCUGGGGUGACAAGAGCUGACCGCGCUUGCUUCGAUGGGUCGCCAGAAUACGUCGAUCAUCUGAUGAACUGGACCCAGGCUCAACUUGACGACGAGGCCGUGUUCCCGAGCAAGAUCGGUGAGCUUGAGCAGAGACGAUAAGACACGCACGUACCUCAGCAAGAUGCAUGCUCAUGUUUCCCCUCUCCCUCCGUAUUAGGUGUUGCUUUCCCCAAGAACUUUGUCGCGACCGUCAAGUCGAUCGUCCGGCGCUUGUUCCGCGUCUACGCCCACCUCUACAACCACCAUUUCGCCCAGUUAUGCGCGCUCAGUAUCGAAGCUCACAUCAACACCAGUUAUCGGCAUUUCUUGUUGUUUGUCACAGAGGUACGUCCAGUGCGGGCCUUGUUACCCUUUCCAGGAAUGUUUCCUGAACGUUCUUUUCCAUGACGAAUUUUGUGUACAGUUCAACCUGAUCGACCGAAAGGAGUUGGCGCCUUUGUCGGAAUUGAACGAGUCGAUCAUGGUUUCGUCCUGA